AUGUUUGUUGGUACAUUGGUCAUUAUUAUAUGCACGACAUUGAUCAUUAUUAUUAAAAAAAUUUUAAAAAGGAAAAAAGAAAAAUUAAAUCUUAAAGAAAGCAAAAAAAAAAAACAAGAUAAUGAACGUAAAAAUUUUGAAGGGUUAUUAACAAAAAAGAGAGUUGAAGUUGGAGAUCUAAAGAAAGAGAUUGAAAAAUUAAAUAAAGAUAAAAUUGAACUUGCAAAGAAAUUGAAUUGUUAUAUUGGUGAUAGUUCAAUUCCAGCCAAUGGUAUUAGAGAGUAUGAUAUUAUCAUUGAUAUUCCAUCUGUUGAUUAUUUAUCACAAUCUCGUAAAUCGUGGAUAAUUUAUGUUUCAAAUCAGUUAAAGCAAAAGAUGGGUAGUUCAAACUACAAUAAAAAAAGACCAUUACAUUCCUUAUUGAAAGAGUAUAAAAAGUUUUCAACUCUUGCAUGUUUAGGUGUACUCAAUAAAGGUAAAACAUUCUUUAUCAACAAAUACAAUGGUACCUAUUUACCAAGUGGAACUCAAGCACAAACCAUUGGAUUAUCACUCUCAAUAUCAAGUCUUAACGAAACCAUCACUAUCGAUACAGCCGGCUCAAAUACUGCUUUACAAGUUUGUGAAGAUAAAACCGAAGAGCAUUUAGCAAGAAAAGAAUCCACUGAAAUGUUUAUUUGUGAUAUGUCAUUUUCAUUAGCUAGUAUCAUCGUUUACGUUUUAAAUGAAUUAACUUGGAAUGAUCAAAGAUUUAUUUUAGCACUUCAAUCGAAAAUUCAAUCAUUAAGAUCUGAAAGUAAUAUUAUAAAAAAACUAUUAGUCGUUCACAAUUAUCCUAAAGUCAAUUCACAAGAAGAACUUUUAUCUGAAAUUAAAACCUAUAUAGAGUCUCCAUUCAAUGGUAAUUUUCAUCAUCAUCAUGUUGAUAUUAAAAAAAUAGAAUCAAAAGAAGAGAUAGUUUUAUUUUUCGUUGAAUCUGUAAAUAAAACCCAUCAUUUCUUUUUAUGUAAUGAUAAUUCAGAAUUUGGUAAAAGAUAUAAUCAAUUAACAAUUGAAAAAAUUAGAACUUAUAAAAACUAUAAUGAUAACUUGGAUUUAGAUAAAGUUUUAUUAACUUCACUUCAAAAUAACAUGAUACCAUAUUGUAAAUCACCAAAAAAAUUAAAAAUUACUGAACAUGAACCAACUAUUAAUCAAAUUAAUAAUAAUAAUAGUAGUAAUAAUAAAUCACAGCUUGAAGAAAGACCAAUAGCAGAUAGUCUUUUUCAAACUCAAUCGUUUUUACAUCCAUCCAUCGAUGAUACUAUACAAGAUAAUGAUAAAUCUGGUAGUGAGGUAUCAACACCAACAAUAUCAUCAUCGUCAUCAUCACCAUUGCAACCAAUUAUUAAAGAUGAAAAGGAUGAUAAUAUUGAAAAUAAAUCUGAUGAAGCUAAUACAAGUUUAAAAUAUAAACCAUUGUUCACAUCAUUUGGUACUGAUGAAUAUUCAAAACAUUUAAAGGAAUUGUGUAAGUUACAUCAAAUGGUAUCACCACAUAGAAGUUCAAUUAAACAAAUACCAGCAUUUACAAUUUCUCCAGAGAUUGAUUGUAAUAGAGAAAAUGAUUUUAAGUUAAUAGCUAAUAGAAUCGAAAUUAUUGGUUUAAAUAUGGUUUUUUCAUCUGGUUUCAAACCAUUUCAUGAUAUAGUUAAAGUUAAUUCCGAUUUACGAUAUAUCAUUGAAGUACCUCAAUUAGAAAUGGAAGAUAUCGAAUUUGAAACAAAACAUUUAGGUAGCCAAUGGUAUCUCAAUAUAAAAGGAAUAAAGAAAUUAAGAUAUGAUUCAAAUGAUCAAACAACCGUUUAUCCAAGUAAUUUGACAUCAUUAUGUCCUUCUCAAAAUCAAAGACGUGAUGGUCUCUUUGAAUUCUCACUACCAAUUCCUACCGAGUAUUUACCUAUUAAACCAGCUGUUUCUUUAGAUAAAGGCGUUAUUACUUUCAAAUUUGAAAAAAUAGGAUAA